AUGCGAAAGGGUAGAAGGGUAGUGGCACUUCUUGACGCUUGUCAUUGCCCCGCGUACGGCGUGAUACAGCGACUGUCAUGCUGCGCAUUUUUUGCUGCCUCUUCAGAGACGCCGAUGCUAGGAAAAACAGGAACAGCUGCUUUUCUGACGCCUUUAAAUUAUCAAACUCGUCGUCUACACUUAUCGUUGCCUCUUUGCACCACUGCAGAGACUCCGGUGACGCCGGGCACGCAGAGCAGCAGCGCAAGCAACACAGCUGCCAACAGUGGAGUGACGGCGCUCGAUGUAGCCAUGCGUGUUAACAAGCUGAAGCGGUUGCAUCAGACUGGUGGUGGCCCGGAUGGGAAGAAGCAAAUUGAGUUAGACGCAUGGAGCGAACUGAACAACCUUACAGAGGAACAAAUCAACUCUGCUGAGGGAAAGGCAGUUUCGUUGCUGCUCAACUCAUGGGCGUACUUUGCGAAGUACUGGGACAAGGGCAAGGAUGGACCACUGGGUGCUUCAUUCUCAGCUGCCACUGGGAACUCGUCGUCGUCGUCGUCUGCUGGUGGUGGUGGUGGUGGUGGUGGUGGUGCGUCCAAGGAUGUCCCGCAAGACAGCUAG